AUCACUUAAGUCCGGUAUCAAGAGUUAGCCGUCAACGUCAUGUCAUGUUUGACUUGUAUUUGCUUUUGUAACAAGUUUUGUUAAAUAAAUUAAUGAUUGCUCGUGCAUUAAAAAGUUUUGUACUCUGACAUUUUACAAAAAUGGAGACUUUAUAUCACCAAACGAAUUAUCUAAUUCAAGAAACAUCAGAGUUGUUUAGCAAGUUGGAUAAGGAUCCAUCCAACUAUGAAGGAAUAGAAAACGCUAUACAGUCCAAAAUAAAUGCAAUUAGUGCUAAUUGCGAGAAGUUGGACAUCUAUGUGUUCAAGGCACCAAUCAGUCAGCGGCCUAUUGCUAAAAUGAGGGUGGAUCAAUUGAAGUAUGAUAACAAACAUAUUCAGGCAUCUUUAGCAGCCGCUCAAAACAGAAGGCAGAGGCGUGAACAGGAACUCAAAGAUAGGGAACAGCUGUUGAGUAGGAGGUUCGGGCAUGACCACACCUCUAUCAAUGUUGACUACCUAGGUCAGGAACAAGUUUCCUUGCAGAACUCUCACAGGAAUGUCGAUGAAAUGAUACAUACUGGUUCAAACAUUCUGGAAACGUUAAAGUACAACCGCGAAACAUUGAAAGGUGCUCACAGACGAAUUAUAGAUUUAGCUAACACUUUAGGGUUGUCAAACGCGACUAUUUCGCUUAUAGAGCGGAGAGUGUCCCAGGACAAGUACAUACUCUUCGGCGGGAUGUUCGUGACCCUGGCUGUGAUAACCCUCGUUAUUAUGUACCUUACGUAGAAAUAUACGGUCUUGGUGCAAUCGUUAUUUAUUUUGUGUUACACAAUAACUUAUUGACUUGUUAUACUGGGGCCUUGCACUAAUUAACGUGAAAUGUUGAGAGUAACAAGAUUCUGCUUAAAUUUGCAUGAAGCACCGGUUACGAGCUCACUUAAUCGCUUUAUCAGCAACGUUGCUUGAUGUUCCGCUGCAUUGGCGACCCGUUGAGACACGAAAUUGUUGCAAUAUUACACAGCCUAUUAUUUGAAUCAACUUUUACAACGUUUAAAAUUAAGGAAACAAGUAAAAAUAUAUACGAUUGCACUAAACAAUAACAAAAUUCGAAGAAAGGUCGACAUUUAUUUAUUUUCCUAUUUUUAAUUCUAUGGUUUCCGUAGGUUUAAUUGCUUCAGUCUAAAUGCUCGAAACAGACGUUGUUACUGACUAUCAAUCAAUGCAAUAAG